AUGUGGUUUCAUUGUAUCGGCGGCCCUAGCUUGUCUUCGAAAACGCGUAAGGACACCGGCUAUUCAACGGCCAGCAGUCAGACGACGGCCGAGCAGAAACAUUUGCGGAAAAAAGCAGGAAAACGCGCUACUGCUGCUUCUGGGCUCGAGGAUGAGGUGACCGUUGAGAUGGGCUUGAAGCAAAGUGGAAAAAAAGGAAAACCGAGAAAGUUAAUGACCAGCCAGGAUUAUGAAGUGGAUGAUGACGGCUUGGAGGAGGUUGCAGAUGAACGGAAGCGGCCGCGUAAUCGUAAGGACUCCAGUAGAAGCGGUAACAGAAAACAGCAUCAUCGUAACGCCGACGUUGGGCAUCGUCGAAGUGGAGGAAAAAACCGCAAGCAUGGUAAAAAGUUGGCCGAAGAUAACGUCUUAAGCAACGAUAGCAUGGAGGAGGAUCACGAUGAUGACGACCACGAUAAUAAUGAUGGCACAGUUGACAAGGCCAACGGACGCCAACAGGACCACGAUGGUAGCGAUGUAAACGAUUCAAGUGAAUUCGAAAUUAUUCAUGAGAAAAGUGGUGGUGGGGGUGGCCGCGACAAGAGAUCCAAGAAGCGCCAUCGAAGAACCGCAUCAAGUGCUGCUUCUACAUCUGGUUCUUCCGAGUAA